UUCCCCAGGAUUUAAGUAGCUUUGAAUCUCUGUGACUGAGAUAUUCUUAAAGACUGAACACAAAUACUUUCAGCCGUUCAUUGAGACUAUCCACUGGAAAUCUAUUCAAAUAUGACGGACUGCAACUUUUCAAUCAAUUAAACACUCGACAAAUCAACAUCUGCAGCGCCUUCUUCUGACUUCAGCACAGGUCAAACAAUGAGGCCUGUGAAUGCUGCCCUCUGGGCGGCAGCCAUAUUGAUGGGACUCCAGCUGAGCAGUUCAUCCCCUAACUUUGUAGACCUCUCAUCCAAAAACCUCUCCUCUGUCCCAAGUGACCUGCCAGAGACGGUUGAGUUUUUAGACCUUUCAUGCAACCACAUACAGCAACUUCACCAAGGAGACUUCAAAAGCACCCCCUUCCUGAGGUUCCUCAACAUUUCUUGGAAUAAUUUGGAGGGCAUCGAUCCGGAGACAUUCCUCGACACGCCGCUCCUGGAGGAUCUGGACCUGUCACACAACAGGCUGACGAACCUGUCAGGUCAGCGGUACCUGCUCCACACUGAGAACCUUCGGGUACUGAAUCUGACCUGCAACAACUUUCUCAUGAUGACACUGGGGAGUGAGUUCAGUUUCCUGGUAAAACUGGAGAGUUUAGCAGUUGGAGCUCCAAACAUCAGUGUCGGUGAUUUCAAGAAUAUUGCUCAAGUCAAACUACGUACACUGACGCUUUCCCUGGAGGAUCAACUGAAUUAUACACCAGGCAGUCUGAAGGAUGUUAAUGCUAAAAGGCUUCAGAUAACGUUCUCUCGUUACCAAAAAAUUGACCUUUAUGUGAUUGAUGAUGCUCUGUCACUCUUUGCUGAAGUGGAGUUGAUGGAUCUGAGACAUGACUACAGGGACCUGAGUCAGCAGUUGAGCGAGAGGAAAGAAAUCCUCACAUCUCAUCUUUAUCUCACCAACAUAUCAAUCGACUGGAAUGACUUGACUCACUUCGUAAAAGCAGUUCUGCACACAUCAAUCAGCCAUCUGAGCGCCUCCGAUGUGGCCAUGUCCAAAUUGCCAUACAUUGACACUGUUGUGACCUACACAUCUCAAAUGGAGUCCUUCACAGCCAGCCGAGCGGUGGUGACGACUUUCUUCUUUUCACAAGAGGCUGUGUACAACUUUUUUAUCAACCUGCCAGUGAAGCGUUUAGUAAUCAAUGAGACUUCAAUCAUACACAUGACAUGCCCAGGGUCGCAGAGUCCUAUCCGCGAAUUGGACUUCUCCUAUUGUGCUAUGUCUGAUUCCAUCUUCACCACAGCUGAUGCUACAGGAAUCAAGGAAUGUAUGAAUCUGGGUAACUUGACGAAACUGAAUUUGGCUGGCAACAGUCUUAAGAGCCUUCAGCGGCUGAGCCAGCGUGUGCAAUAUAUGACAUCCCUGCAGGAUGUGGAUCUCAGCUUCAACUCCCUGACUUAUGAUGGUCUGACAGAAUGCAUCUGGCCACCAAAAAUCACCAAUAUGACUCUGGCUUCUAACAGCCUGACAGACUCUGUUUUCAAAUGUCUACCAAAAGGAACGGAGACACUGGAUCUACAGAACAACCAGAUUUCUGUGAUACCAUCAUCUAUCCUGAAACUGGGGAACCUUAAAUCUCUGAAUCUGAAUAGUAACAGGCUGCGGGACUUGCCAGCAUGUAAUGGUUUCCCCAUACUGAGUGAGCUUCUGCUGAGGUCAAAUUCCCUCAAUACACCAUCUGUGAACAACUUGGAAAGCUGCCCCAAACUGAAAACCCUGGAUGUCAGUAACAACCCCUUCGCCUGCACCUGCGCUCUGAAGAAUUUCAUAAGUCUUGGUGUCAGGUCUGAAACGAAAAAAAGUCUCACAGGAAUUGAAUUGGUGAGCUGGCCAUUGGACUAUUGCUGCAGCUACCCGGACAAUGUUCGAGACUCGACCUUGAAAGACACCCAGAUCCCGGAAGUCUCCUGUAAUGUUGGCCUUCUAGCUACCGCCAUCUUGUGCCCAGCAAUAGCAGUGAUUAUCGUAGUUGUGACCGCUUGCCAUCGUUUGGAUGUUCCCUGGUAUAUGGGCAUGAUCUGGCAGUGGACCAGGGCCAAACAUCGCGCCAGAAUGCGACAAGUUCGACCUGAAGAUCUGGCUGGUGUUGAGUUUCAUGCUUUUGUGUCUUACAGCCAGCAUGACGCAGACUGGGUGCACAAUUCCCUCCUCCCCAACCUUGAAGGCCCCGCAGGAGGGCUCAGAAUCUGCCACCACGAGAAAAACUUUGUACCCGGAAAGACAAUUAUUGAGAACAUCAUCGGCUGCGUGGAGAAAAGCCGGCGCUCUGUGUUUGUGCUCUCUGCUCACUUCGUCAAGAGCGAGUGGUGUCAUUACGAGCUGUACUUCGCCAGCCACCAGCGCCUUGCUUGGGGCUCGGACAGCGUUGUGCUGGUGCUGCUCGAGCCUCUGCCUCAAUACCUGAUCCCAUCCAAGUACUACCAGCUGAAGUCCAUGAUGGGCCGCCACACAUACUUAGAGUGGCCUCAGGACACGAAAAAGCACAGGCUGUUCUGGGCUAACCUCAGAGCUGCCCUACAGACCGACCUGCCAGAUGCACCAGUGACAGGACUGGAGGAGUGACUGCGACAAGCACACUUAAAGAUACAGUUGGUAUCAGUUUGUUGGUACAGUUUGUUUUUAAAGCCUCACACGGCCUGUCACCCAAAUACUUCACUGAGCUCCUCUGCCCCCUUUCCAACACUAGAUCUCUAAGAUCCUCAGAGCAGUUGUUCCUGGCAGUCCCGCGAUCGGGGAAGGGUGAUUGUGCAUUUGCAGUAGUCGCUUUGGAACAGCUUACCCUUUUCAAUUUUGUGCUCCCCUUCUGUAGACAUGUUUAAAGACAUGUUUAAAGCUAGGCAGCCACAUGUUUUCUAAGGCCUUUGAUUGUCCUAAAGGUUUCCAUUUUUUCUUUCAUUAUUUUAUUUCAGAUCUCACUAUUCUGUGCUUUCUUUUCUUUAUUUUUUUUUAAUUCGCUUACUUGUGCAUGUUUUUGGGUUUGUUAUUUCUCUAACGUUUUGCAGUUACCGUAUUAUGUUAUUUCACUUUAUUUUACUGUACAACACUUUGGUCAACUCUGGUAGUCUUUAAACAUGCUUUAUAAAUAAAUUUGAUUUGGUAACUUUUAUGAAAAUUAUAUUUGCUGAAACGGUCAUUACAUCCACAAAGUAUUACACGAGAAAGAUAAUCUGUGAGAAGAAUUUGGCUCCUCCUCCCACUCAUGCCCUUUUCAAGGCAAUUUGCUUGAAUCUAACCCGGGUCACUGAAAACAACCAAUCAGAGCGGAGGAGUCUCAAACGCAGCGGUCGAUCAUGUCAAUCACUGUUCAUGAACUGUGGUCAACCUGUUUAACUAGGCAGCGCUGAUCAAAUAUGAAUUAAGACUCUGUAACUGCAUUGCCUAUUUCUCAGAACGCUUCCGCAGGUGGACGGUACUUUCUCAUUUUACAGCUAAACAGUACACUAACAUAAGUUUCUGACAAUAUUUGAGAGGAUAAAUGGGCAAAUCUCCUGUAUCCCAAAACAAAGGAAUACUUUGCACAUGUAUUUCCAAACAGGCUCGUGGGAGAGCACUGUAACUUGCAAAAAUACUGAUUUUAAUGCUGCACCAUUUCGCUGACUGGACCUUCAUCAGGUAAAUAGUUUUGUGACAAAGAGAAGCCGUCUUAUAUUCUGGUAUAUUUUGAUGUAACUUUACUCUGUGACAUUGUGGAGGCCUAGUUGCAUUUUAUUAUAAAGUUUCCUAUUUGUGUAUUGAUGCUUAUUCUUGAUGUAAACAUAUCCCUAUAGGUUCUUUUUUCAAUGUACCUUCAAGAUUUGGUCAUGUAUGAUUUUUAGAGAAUGCAAGUUAACAAUAAGGGCUUAAGCAUUUAUUCUCAAGAAUGUACCUAUGGGGUAUGUUUAAGAUUGUCACUGAGCAUUUUUUAAUUUUCCUUCUUUAUUCCUCUAUUUCUCUGGAUAAUGUUGAUUGUUACACUAAUUGAUGUUUGGUAUUUAAGCCUUCCCACUGCCUGAGGGAAAUGUGACUAAUUGCAGACUCACAGCCACUUCUACUUAAGAUGACUUCUCUUUACUAAACUGUUUGCCUGAUGAAGAUCUAGUCACAUUGCAGCAUUAAAAAUCAUUAUUUUUGCAAGUUAGACAGUGUGCAGGAGUUUCUUCUAUGAGAGAAAUUGAAGAUGCAGUAACAGAAUCUUGUUUAUUAUUUGGUCAUUUAAUCAGUUCAUGAGCAGUGAUUGAAAGCUGUGCUAGAGACUUUGCG